AUGACUCUCCAUCAAAGAGGACAACAUGUCGUUCCCGAUAGAGUGGUCGAGUCUUCAGCUAACCAGGCUGCUACUCCAGUCCACAACCUAGAUUCAGACGCAACUCCUCCCUCAUUCCCUAAGAAAUCGUCGGGCACAUCCACCUCCAUAAGAAAUGAGGUUGCCGUUCAUUUCGAGCAGACAUUUCGACAUCUCAUGAAACGGCAAGUCCGUCAAGAUGAAGGGAUCAAGGACCGCCAACUUGGUGUCAUAUUUAAAGAAUUGCGUGUCGUUGGUGCAUGUUCCCGUACUUCGCUCCAGCCCACUGUGGGCUCACCUUUCUAUCCUUCAACGUUUAUGCGCAAGAUAAGGGAAAUUCGACAUCCCUCCAUCAGAGACAUCUUAUCCGGAUUCGAGGGCGUGGUCACUCCUGGCGAAAUGCUUUUGGUUCUUGGCCGUCCCGGCUCCGGGUGUUCGACCUUUCUCAAGACACUCGCUAACCAAUGUGGGGAGUAUCAUGCUAUUGAGGGUCAAGUUUUCUAUGAUGCAUUCACCCCAAAGGAGAUCCAUGACUCCUUUCGUGGCGAUGUCACUUACUGCCCGGAAGAUGAUAUCCACUUCCCGACCCUGACUGUCAAUCAAACGCUCUCUUUCGCUGUUAGCAAUCGUACUCCCACAACAUGUCUUCUCGGCCAAACGCGCAAAGAUCAUGUUGAGGAUACUACCACGAUGCUAAUGAAAGUCCUUGGCCUCUACGGCUCGAAAAUCACUUUGGUCGGUAAUGCUCAGAUUCAAGGUAUUUCCGGUGGCGAGAGAAAGCGAGUUUCUAUCGCAGAAAUAUUAGGCUCUGUAAGCCCGCUUGGUGCAUGGGACAAUUCCACUCGUGGACUAGACUCCUCGACUGCCCUUGAUUUUGUUCGCACGUUGCGUUUCAUCACAGAUGUCAAACGCACAACGUCAAUUCUAUCUCUCUACCAGGCAGGCGAGCAAAUAUAUGAAUUGUUUGACAAGGUCUGUAUUAUUGCUGAAGGAAAGAUGGCCUAUUUCGGUUCGGCAAAGUCGGCCAAAAGUUAUUUCAUCGAUAUGGGUUUCGAACCACAAAACAGGCAGACCACCCCCGAUUUUCUGGUUGCAGUCACGGACGCAAACGGGAGGAAAAUUCGCCCUGGAUAUGAGAACAUUGUCCCGCGGACAUCAGCGGAGCUUGCUAGCCGUUUCAUGGCUUCCGACCUCGGACAUCAGAAUCGGAAAGCGAUCGAACAGCGCCUGGAGCAAUGUGUUGGCAAUUACGAACACAAGCAAGCCUAUCUUUCUAGCGUGACCACUGAAGGUGCCACCACAACUUCUGCAUAUAUGACCUCUAUUCCCCAUCAAAUCAAAACGGUCAUGGAGCGCCGCCUGCAAGUUAUUGUUGGUAAUAAGCUCGAGCUCUUCGUUCAACUGGCCUCCCAGGUCUUCCAAGCGAUAUUUAUGGGCACCGCCUUCCUGAACGUACCAAAUGACACCUCUGCCUAUUUCUCUCGUGGAAGUAUCCUGUUCUUCUCCCUGUUCUUUGGUGCCAUUACAGCCGUUGCAGAACGUCCUAUCGUGCUUCGUCACCAGAAAGCUGCGUUAUAUUACCCUUUUAUCCAGAGCCUCGCGCAUACUAUCGUUGAUAUUCCGAUCACUCUGGUCAUUCAACUAGUUUUCGCUGUGAUUGUUUACUUCCUAGUUGGGUUGCAACGUUCUGCCGCACAAUUUUUCAUAUUUUACCUUUUCAUCUUCUUGACAUCGCAAACCAUGAAGUCAUUGUUCAGAGCUAUUGCUGCAAGUUUCAAAACUCGUCUGAGUGCAAUGGCUGUUUGUGGUAUCUUCGUUCUUUUGAUGUCGCUCUCUGGCGGGUACACGAUUCCUUGGCCAACUGCUCCGAAGGGCUUACGGUGGAUCAUGUGGUUGAACCCAGUGUGGUGGGGUUUUGGUUCACUUCUUGUCAACGAGUUCCACACGCUCCACGGAUUUUGCUCCACUCUUGUCCCUCAGGGUCCUGGCUAUGAGAACGUUUCACUUGCAAAUCAGGUUUGUACAACAGUCGGAUCGCAGCCCGGGGAUCUUCUCGUUGAUGGCAACAUCUAUGUUGGAUUGACGUUUAACGUUUGGUAUGGUCAUCUCUGGAGGAAUUUUGGUGUCAUUUGUGCUUUCUACCUUGGGCUCUUGGCAGUUCUUCUGGUUGCCACAGAAUACAAUACUUUGUCCGAUUUCGACGGCGCCGUCGUUCUCUUCAAGCAAGGCUCUGAUGCUAUUGAAGGAAAUGCCAAAGCACCUCAUGAGGAAGAAGGAGAUAUAGAGUUUCGCUCUGGAUGUCAGCCCAAGGCAGCUGAUCCCUUGACUUUCGACAGUCCCGACGGGAACAUCAUGGUUCCGAAUCACUUCACAUGGCAGCACCUGCAGUAUGAAGUCCCUAUUAAGGGAGGUAUGAAACGCCUUCUUGAUGAUGUCACAGGCUUUGUUGCCCCUGGGAAACUUACUGUUUUGAUGGGUGGAUCCGGUGUUGGAAAGACCACACUUUUAAACGUUCUUGCACAACGCAUUUGUGCUGGUGUGGUGAGCGGUGGCCGUGGUUACUGUCAACAACUCGAUACUCACCUUCCCAAUGCAACUGUUCGUGAAGCGCUCCUUUUAUCUGCUAAUCUUCGUCAGCCACAAUCAGUCCCUCACGCUGAAAAGGAGGCAUACGUCGGCAAGUGCCUUCAAAUGUGUGGCCUUGAGGCGUACGCCGAUGCUAUUGUUGGCUCUCUUGGGGUUGAGCAUCGGAAACGCACUACUAUUGCAGUGGAACUCGCUGCUAAGCCCAAACUUCUACUCUUCUUGGAUGAGCCCACGUCUGGUCUUGACUCACAAUCUGCCUGGGCUAUCGUGCAGUUCCUUCGUGAACUCGCUGAUCAUGGCCAGGCCAUUCUCUGCACGAUCCAUCAACCCUCAGCGGAGCUCUUCCAGGUCUUCGACAGAUUGUUGCUCCUUCACAAGGGUGGACGAACUGUCUACUUUGGCGACAUUGGCGAGAACUCGUCAGCCAUGCUGAACUACUUUGAGUCUAACGGUGCUCCACGUUGUGGCCCCGAUGCCAAUCCGGCGGAAUAUAUGCUCGACGUGAUAGGUGCUGGAGCAACUGUCUCCACCACUGACUGGUGCGAUGUCUGGAAACGCUCAUCAGAAGCGACACAGCUCCAAGUUCAAAUCGAAAGGAUACAUGAACACGGCCAUACUCGCCCACGACAGCUUAGUGUCCAGAAAUCUGUCUUCGCCACCUCAUGGUCGCACCAGUUCGUUGCCCUCACCCAACGGAACUUCCGAGCAUACUGGCGCACUCCUACCUACAUCCGCUCCAAGUUUCUGCUUAACAUUGCUGGUGGUCUUCUUAUGGGCUUUACAUUCUUCCAUGCAAAUGACUCUUUACAGGGCACCCAAAACAAGUUGUUCUCGAUUUUCCUUGGUCUUGUGCUCUGUGUUUCUCUCGGACAUCAGCUCAUGGCCGUCUACAUUGACAUCCGCAUAGUGUACGAAAUCCGUGAACGUCCCAGUAGAAUGUAUCACUGGACUGCUCUGGUCAUGUCACAGCUUGUUGUUGAACUUCCUUGGAACAUUACAAGUGCGGCGAUGUUCUUUUUCUGCUGGUACUGGACCGUUGGAUACCCCACAGAACGGGCAGGCUACACGUUCCUCAUGAUCUGUGUCGCCUUUCCGUUGUACUAUACCACGCUUGAACAUGCCAUCGCGUCGAUGGCGCCAACCGCUCCAAUUGCAUCUCUGUACCUCGUAACUAUUUUUAUAUUCCUCCUGAUUUUUGAUGGCGUAAUCCAGCCAUUCAUCGAGCUUAACUGGUGGAAAUGGAUGUACAGGGUCUCUCCUUUCGCAUAUAUCAUCGAGGGUCUACUUGGUCAAGCUAUUGGCGGGGAAGCUAUUACCUGCUCUUACACAGAACUAGUCCGCGUCAACCCCCCGGAGGAAUUAACGUGCGGCAAGUACAUGGGCCCCUUCAUGGAAUUCGCGGGCGGAUACCUCACGAACCCCGAAGCUGCAGAGGGCUGUCAGUACUGUCCAUACAAGACUGCUGACCAGUACAUGUACUCGAGGUUCAACAUCAAAGACAGUGAUCAUUGGCGCAACCUGGGCAUCGUCUUCGGAUUCGUCGCGUUCAAUAUUAUUGCUGUUUUCUGGUUCACAUAUUUCAUGCGCAUUCGAACUGUCGGCGUGUUUACUUCUCUUAGACAGAAGCUAACUCGCGGCACAUAGAUUGGGAUUCAUGCAUAUAUACGGCAUACCUGGGGAAUGUACUCAAUAUGUCUGUACUAUCUUUCCAGUUCC